AUAACAACCUAGCAGCCAAGCUGCUGACUUUUUAACUUUUUACCUGUUUCCAAGUCAAAACUCCUCAAUUUAAAGGUCGGAAAGAGAAAUCGACGACUCACUGAAACUCCACAAAGAAACAUAAAUAGGAGGAGAAAAACAUGGGCUAAAAAAGAUGAAAGCACCAGUUAGAGUCGGCGUGAGACCACUUCGGACCACUUCUUUCGGCUCCUUUCUAAAGUUGACCUGAAAAGACCACUUUAUCCCUUGAAAAGUCCGUGCUGACCUGCUUGUUGCAGUUUACGGAUACACAACUUUUUUACCACUUGAAAACUGAUUUUAAAAUCCAUUUUCAAGGUUUAAGUUGAUUACUACUCAGCUCAAUAUCAUAGACGGAAAACUUCCAUAACUGUUCACCCCAAAGAGCUCUUUUUAUUUCUGUUUUUUCUUUUUUCUUUUUUUAAACCCCACAACUUUUAAAUAAAGUUUAUUUUUUGGAUGUGUUUUGUUUUUCUGAGAAAGUGGACUUUGAAUUACUUCAUCACGCCGUCCUGGAAUUUUUAAGAACUCCUAAAAAAACUCCUGAAACUUUCUAUCUCCUAGGACAAAUUGUAUUUUCUUAGGAGCAAAAGCAAACGAGCACUUUGCAGGCAGAAAAGUGUUUGUUCAUAUGGGACUCUGCUGUUCUGUCUAACCUGCUCUAUCAGCCUCAUCUCUGCAAUUUUGCUCGUCUCUCAACACCUUUGUCUGAUUAGUAGCUUUUGGAGAUCGGGAUAAAGACAUCACUUGCCACGCUGCAUGAGAUAACAAUUAAUUUAACAUUAAACUUAUCCCCUUUCCAUUCACUUUGCUUGGAUCGAUCUCUGUUAAUUGUGUUUGCGGAUGCUGUCAACACUAUGCUUUUCUUAAAAACUUAAUGACACCCCGCAAGGAGGUGUAAGAGUCUAAAACGCUCCUCUCCGACUUUGACCAAAGAAACAAAGAAUACAGCGUGCUCAGGAGACCAUCUAUUUUUAAUCAGUGGACUGUUCAUGCACUUCCGAAGAUAUAGCGUUAUUUUUAACUGGGUGAUAGUCCUGGUUUUAUUUUAAAAAAUAAAAUAAAUAAAUAAAUAAAUAAAAUAGUGCCACAUUGCAGUAGUGUGAUACACAAGUCAGACACAGUAACUUCAUUUAACUGCCGCUUCGCAUCAGACCUGUUUCUGCUGUUAAAGUGGUCAUUUAUCAGCUAAAAGGCGAGUGUGUUUAAAAAUGUAUGUCUUUGGGAGGGAGAGCAAUCUCCCUUUUCAGGGACAAGAAACCUGUUACAAAGCACUUUAGGUGGGUGCGCUCUGAAAUGGCAUUAUUCCCCCCCGGGGCGUUAAUAUUACCUAAGUAUAUUCCUAUUUGCACGGGUCCCCGAUAAUUCGGCAUUUUAUUUAACCACAACUGCCCUUAAAAACCUGACUUGCACUGAAGCAGCCUGCUAAUCUUAAUUUUUUCCCCCUCUUUCAGAGGGGCAUCUGUUCCUCUUGCUGACAAAUGUACCAUUCUGCCAAGAAAGUUUUUGGGUGAAAAAAAAAAAAAAAAAAAAAAAAAGAAAGAAAGAAAGAAAAAAGAAGAAGAGGAAGAAAAAAAAAAGCGUGUAAUUGAUGUUAUCCCAAGAAAGCACGAUCUCCACCCCUCUCAGCUCUAAGCCCUUCAGGUAAAAGGAAAAAAAAAAUCUUUCAAGAAUUUGUUGCCUUUUUGAGGGUUAAAACAUCAGAAGACAAGCUUGUCUCGCCUUGGCCAAUCAGCUCUCGGCCCUGGCAGCUAUAAUAUAGAACUAAAGGCAGACUCCUCUCACAAGCGUCUUGCUUUGCUACCAUUAAAAUCAGACCCUUUUUUUGUCUCUCGAUUGCUGUCUCCCGACCAAACUCCGAUGUGUUCCGUUAUCAGCGACCUAAAGCCUGCCAUUCCAGCACCUGUCUUGCUAGGGAUCGGUGGAUAGUAUACGAUUCAGAAAGCAGACAAGGACAUAGGAGGAGAGAGAGCUCUAGAGAGACAGCCAGGGAUAGGCACAGAGAGCUUUGAAGUAAUUGGAUUCAAUGGACGAAAUGCUGCUGUUGACAAGAAUUCUCUUGGUGGGCUUCAUCUGCGCUCUUUUAGUCUCCUCUGGGCUGACUUGUGGACCAGGCAGGGGCAUUGGAAAAAGGAGACACCCCAAAAAGCUGACCCCUUUAGCCUAUAAGCAGUUUAUUCCCAAUGUGGCAGAGAAGACCCUAGGGGCCAGUGGAAGAUAUGAAGGGAAGAUCACAAGAAACUCCGAGAGAUUUAAAGAACUAACCCCAAAUUACAACCCUGACAUUAUUUUUAAGGAUGAAGAGAACACGGGAGCUGACAGACUGAUGACUCAGCGCUGCAAGGACAAGCUGAACGCUCUGGCCAUCUCGGUGAUGAACCAGUGGCCCGGGGUAAAGCUGCGGGUGACCGAGGGCUGGGACGAGGACGGCCACCACUCCGAGGAGUCCCUGCACUACGAGGGCCGCGCCGUGGACAUCACCACCUCGGACCGGGACCGCAGCAAGUACGGCAUGCUGGCCCGCCUGGCCGUCGAGGCUGGCUUCGACUGGGUCUACUACGAGUCCAAGGCGCACAUCCACUGCUCCGUCAAAGCAGAAAACUCCGUGGCGGCCAAAUCUGGGGGUUGCUUCCCUGGCUCGGCCACGGUGCACCUGGAGAAAGGCGGGACCAAGCUGGUGAAGGACCUGAGGCCCGGAGACAGGGUGCUGGUGGCCGACACGGAGGGCCGUCUGCUCUACAGCGACUUCCUCACCUUCCUCGACCGCGAGGACGGCUCCCACAAGCUCUUCUACGCCAUCGAGACCCGGCAGCCCCGGGCGCGGCUGCUGCUGACGGCCGCCCACCUGCUCUUCGUGGCCCCCCAGCAGAACCAGUCGCAGGCGGGGCCGGCGGGCGGCCGGGCGCUGUUCGCCAGCCGCGUGCGGCCGGGCCAGCGCGUCUUCGUGCUGGGCGAGGGCGGGCGGCGGCUGCUGCCGGCGGCCGUGCACCGCGUGUCGCUGCGGGAGGAGGCGUCGGGCGCCUACGCCCCGCUCACGGCGCAGGGCACCAUCCUCAUCGACCGCGUGCUGGCCUCGUGCUACGCCGUCAUCGAGGAGCACAGCUGGGCGCACUGGGCCUUCGCGCCCUUCCGCCUGCUGCAGGCCCUGCUGGCCGCCCUCUGCCCCUGCGCCCCCGUGGGAGAGCCCGCGGCCCCCGGCAUCCACUGGUACUCUCGGCUCCUCUACCGCAUCGGCAGCUGGGUGCUGGAUAGUGACUCUCUGCACCCGCUGGGCAUGGUGGUGACAUCCAGCUGAGGGGACCCCGCGCCGUCCCGGCCGCCCGCCAGGCUCCGACAGAGAGACAGACACACCGAGGAAGAGAGAGAGAGAGACAGAGAAGGGAGAAAAAAUAAAAACAGGAGAAAAAAAAAGAAGAAAAGAAAAACCUAAAAGAAAAAAAAAAGGAAAAAAUACAUAUUUUUAAAAGAGAGCACGGAUUAAGACUUAAAAAUAAUAAUAAUAAAAUAAUAAUAAUUAAGUAGGACAGUCCAAAGUAGACUUAAAGGGAAACAAAGACCCCUGGAAGUUCUGUUCUGUUUAGUUUAUAAAUAUAUAUAUAUUUUUAUUUGUUCUUUUGUUUUGUUUGUUGGUUGCUUUUUUUUUUUUUCCUCCUCUCCUGGAUAUUUAUUUCUUUGGUAUUUUGAAUAGAUGUUUUAAAUGAUAUGAACCGGACCUUCAAGAGCCUUAAAUAGUUUCUUUGAUAAUUUAUUAUCAUGUGAACUGUACUCACGGGGGAAAAAAUUAUUUUGUGAGGCCAAGCAAAACUGCGCAGAGUCUAUUUUUCUACAUGUCACGUGUGUCCUGACUUACAGAAAGCAAAAUUCUGUACUUUCCCAUCUCACCAUUACGUUGCUCCUUCAUUUCAGCAAGUCUAAAAAACAAGCGAACAAACAAACACACACAAAAAAGACAAACUUCAUGGGGGUCCGUAAAUUAUAUUUUUAUACACAGAAUUGUAAAUUAGAUUUUUUUGAGAGAUCAAUACUUAACUGAAUCACAUUUCGUUUUUUGAAAUAGUGUAAAAUAUGAGAAUAUAUUAUUUUAAUUUAAAUAGUUUCAAAUGUAACAUCAUUUCCUGUAUUGUUUUCCAUGUUUUGCUUUGUAAAAACAUCAUUUGGCCACGUUCAUGGAAGUCAAGACUGUUACACAAACUUUUUAUUUGCAAAAACCGUAAGAAACUUUGUUAUUUUUAACUUCAGAAAAAGUUUAUUAGAAAAUAAUAUUUUUUAAAAAGCGCACAUGGCGGCAAUUCUGGGACGAUGGAGAUGGUAGUUUGUACAGAGGGGGGAAAAGGAUGUUUUGCAUUAAUAAAUUGAGAAAUAACUGCUGUAAAUUUACUAAAAUGUAUUUUUGAAUAUUUUGUAAUAGUUUUAAUAGUUUUAUAGAAAUAAAAUGUGCCAUGCACAGUUUGGUUAGUAUAUAAUAACUAAGAGUUCCUGGUGCAUCCCAUUUUUUUUUUCCUUUUUGCUUAUUGGUUUAGGAAACAUGAUGCCUAAAUGAGUGCCCGUUAUUUUAUUUAGAUGUGUUGCUUAUAACAUUUAAUUUUGGUACUUUAAUUAAGGAAACGAGUCCAUCACAUCUGUGCAUAACCUGGAAUCUCUUGUGCUGACAGUAGAACCUCACUUAUUUGCACGAGCGACCGGCAGACGGGUUUCCCUUUGCCAGAGCCCUGGCUCCCCAUCCCUGCUCAGGGGAUGCUCCUCUCUUCCAGCUCCAGCCCCGACUCCAUGUGCACUUCCCAGUCUGAUCUGGAGACUGCGGAUGGCUCUUAAAAUUGAUUUCUGAGGAUGCCAAAUCAAGUUUUCCCUUUGAAGCACGUUAAUGCAAAGGCAGGCAGCUGCCUUCACCUUGUGGCAACACCAAGGUUUCAGUGGGCUUCAAUUUGUGUGCCCAGAAGAUGGAAAUCUGAGGGAGAGGCACCGACUUUAGUGAGUUAGAGGGAUUCACGUGGCUGACGCUGGAAGAAGGAGAUGGCCACCAGAUUUGGUUGGCUGCUUUGAGUAACAGCACAGGGCUUGGGGCCACUGAGAAUGGAGCAAAACACCCUUUGCAAAACAAACAAAAGGAUAAAGAUUUGUUCAUUUGUCCUGAGAGACAUUCCUUAGCUGUAACGCAGGAGUCCGUCCUGAGCCACCCAUGGGUGAAUGUGCUGGAGAUGCGUUUUAGGAGCUGAGUGGUGGGGCCAGUGCUGUGUUCCCAGCCCCAACCCACCCCGAGGGGUUCAUCCUUGACAGGUGCUGAUCAGUGAGGUUCUGCUGCACCGCCUGCUCCUCCAUGGAGGGUUUCCAGGAUCCCUUUAAAAAUUUUGCAAAACAUUGUGUGUGCAUGUGUGUGCGCGUCUGCGACGGGACCGUGCCGGAAGGGAGCUUGCCUUGAAUGUCUUCUCACCUUCUCUUUGGUUUCCAUUACUCACCAGUCUAGGAUGUUCAUCCAGCAGGCCUUUUGCUCCAGAGACACAGCCAUGUUCUCUGCUGGGAUGGAUGGCAGCUCCACAGCCUCCCAGGAUGUCCCUACCUGGGCCAUCUCCAGAGAGUGUAGACCAUGCUGUUCCACGCUGAGAUCCCAGGAGAUUCUGGAGCGCUGUCAGGAUCUGGUGGCCGAGCUCCACGCAUGAGCACUGCUGUGUGAAGCCCCAACAGAUGGAUGUGGUCUCUCCUUCCUGUCAACGUCUUGUCCAGACCCACUUCCAACCUCCAAAGCUCGGACAUGGCCAGGGUGAUGACACUUCAGAGUGACCACAGCGUCCUGCAGCACCGGGAGAGGAACCAAGCCACCCUCAUGGCUACCCAAGGAGAAGAAUCAUGGGGGACUGUGGACUGCCUGGUGGGUGCUGAGGACCUGCUGCCCACCCCAGCUUGGACUCUGCCACCUCCCUGUCUUUGGGUGUGCUGAGGGCUGCAAACCCAGAUGAUCUGGGGCAUGUGAGAAUGUGAUCGUGGAACAAAUGAGUCUCUGCUGUGAGAGUCUGGCCUUAGUAUGGCAGCAUCUGGGUGUCUGAGCUCCCUCACUCUGUCUCUGAGAGGUGGUUGCCAUUAUUUCAGGCCUCUACACUCAAAGAAAUAACCAUGUUGGAAGGUGCCUUCUCCAGAGGACAGCUGGUGGAGGUGUUUAGGGAUGCCAGUGAUCAAACUUAAAGCCACUGGCUGGAGGGCUUCAAUCUAAAUCACAACUGAGAUGUUAAAGAGCCAUCAGACCAGAGCCCACACUUGUGUCAGGGCAGAGCACAUGCCUGGAUGGGACCACAGCAGACAUUGUCUCAUUUAAUCUUCACCCAAAGGCCAAGAUGAGCCCAGAGCUUUGUGGUGUCAGAGAAGCUGAGAUGCUCUUACACCGGGAUCAGCCUGUUUCACCGAGCAGAGAAAGCUGUGCCAUGUUCUUCAUCACACUUAUUCCAAGCAGCUUCAUGUCUUCCUCUCACCAUGUCUGAAUUCCACCUCUCCCUCCGGCGCCUCUCAUCAGGAUCACCCCUCUGUGGUGUGUUAGAAGUGCUUCCUUAGAUGGGCCAAUCCAACCCACAGCUACAGCUCUCGUAUGAAGGAUGUACUGUCAUAACCUUGUGCAAAACAUCUAGGAGAUGUCACUGUCCAUUUUCAGGGUCCAGUAUGGCAAUAGUUUGUAUAAAAUGUACACAUAGUGGUGGCUACAGAAUAGUUUAUGACUAAAUACAUAUCUAUUACUGUCAAAAUAAUGUAUAAGAAUGUACUUGAAGCUAUUAUCCUUGUGCUCUGUUGUCUGAAUAAUUAAAGAAAUUACAGAGACUUCCUGAAAUGUCUGAUAUGUGAUGGCAUUCCUAUUGCACGCUCUCUGAGGAUUUUACCCUGAUGACAUUGAAACGCAGAGCAGGGAUCCUGUGGGGUUUGCUACUGGACUCUUCAAACACACCAGGAGUUGUGCUGGUGUGGCUUCAUGUGGUGGCCACGAUGUCCUUGUCCUCCCACCUGCAGCCACGUAGACAGUCUGUCACAUAGCUGUGAAAUAUUGCGUGGCUCUGCAAAGCCAACUCAUUUGGAGGGGUCUGUGGGGAGGCAGAGGUGCCCUGAAGGGCAGCCCACCAGCAGCUGCCGGUC